UGAUUUAUCGUGGUACGGUGGUAAAGAGCAUCUUUUUUGGUUUUUCGACCUAGGGUUCGAAUCGCGAUCUCCUUCGUUUUUCUCUGGUGUUAUUCAUCUUCUGUAGAAAAACUUUUUGCAGAUCGUUCACAGAUCUUUUGAUUAUUUUCAACUCUGAUUACACUACCAAGACUUCGAAUCGAAUUUCAAAUCCUACUCAUCAUCAACAUAUAUAUACCAUUGAAGAUUUCAUGGAUUCAGAUCAGCCCCCUUCGAAUCCCAGAAAGGUUAGGUUUGCACCGAAAGGUCCUCCUCGGAAGAAGACAAAGCCGACUGAACCCAAAACUGAAGUAGUCGAUGAUGGUGAUGAUGCUAACGAUAAGGAUGAAGCUGCCACGUCUCUCCUCCUCCGCCGAGUCAACGAGCAUCUUGGAAGAAGAGGACCUAGAGUUGAAAAGAAGUCUUCAGUGCAAGUUGCAUUUGCUCAUGGAGGUGCAUCAUCAACUUCCAUAAGGACAUAUGGCAUACCUAGGGAAGGGAAUAGUGGUAAAAUCAAUGGUUCAGGUUUGAAAGAUUCUGCUGUUGAUGAUGAUGAUGAGCAAAUCCACUUUUCUUUGCCUUCAACUGCUAAACCAGAUGGAAACACUGGAAGUUCUGUAAAUGCUGCGGAUGCAUUCUAUCAAAAGAAACAGAAAGACUACAGAGAACCUUGGGAUUACCACCACACUAACUAUCCUAUUUCUCUUCCUCUGAGGAGGCCUUAUUCAGGAAACCCAGAACUUCUUGAUGAAGCAGAAUUUGGGCAUGAUGCGAUGAACUUGGAAUAUGAUGAAAAAACUAUAAACCCUGCUUUGGAGCUUGGCCUGCUGGAGGAAAAUGACAAACCACAGAUGAUAUUUCUUCAAAUUCCUGCAAAUCUUCCCCUAGUUAAGCGAUCAGCUAGUGUAUAUGGGAAAGAGAGAACCGACAGUUCAAAAGCAUUAGUUAGCAAAGGUGCAUCAGCCGAUGCAAAGGGGAAAGCAAUAGCUGACGGAUCAAUAUCAUUAGCGGAUACUGGUGUUUCAUCUGCUGCAAAGGGGAAAGUGACAGCUGGCAGCUCUAUGCCAUUGGGUACGGGGAAUGCUUCAACGUGGUGUUGUGGUUUGGGGGAAUUGAAUGGGGGAUACAUGGGCAAGAUGCUGGUUUACAAGAGUGGAGCGAUCAAGUGGAAGUUAGGAGAAGUCAUAUAUGAUGUCUCACCUGGUUUAAGUUGUGCAUGUGCUCAAGAUGCUGUAGCAAUUAACACUGUCGAUAAGGACUGUUGCGUGGUUGGAGAGCUAAGUAAGCGGGCCGUUGUGACUCCUGAUAUUGAUUCCCUCUUGGACAAUUUGAUUGACUUGGGGUAGUGCUUUACAAGAUUACCUACAAUUUGAAGAACAUGCUUUAUAUAGUUGUGGUAGAACUGCCAGCAUGAUGGAUGUCGUAGGGUUGUAUAUUGAGUAAAGAUUUUUAUGUAAAAUUGUAGCCAGAUUAACUGACAUUGCUGACUUGUUAGCAUCUAAGAUUGAUCUGUUUAUGUGCAUGAACACUCUUGGGAUUCAAUAUUCGUUGAGAAAUAUUGAACGAGAUAGAAGUUGAGGUAGAUUAAUUGCCACCUUAUAAAUCACUGGAGUUUCUUUUA